GGUAAAUGCAGAAUUAAUAAAUCGUAUCAAGGCAUCCAAUAAAUCCUUUUGUCCAAUGGAUAUGUUGGCCGAUGACUGCGCUCAGAAGAUAUUCAAAGCAAAGCUGCUAGGCAGAAAUUGGAAGGAAAUUGGACAAAAUUUAAAUUUAGGAGUGAAAAAAACGAAAACAGAUGUCAGCUCUGCGUAUUUCCUGAAAUCAGUACUGAUCAAAAGCAACAACAAGAGCAAACUACCUGAAGAAAGAGUUAAUAUUUUAAUACCAAUUUUUAAUAGUAUACUUUUCACGACAGCUGAUGAUUUAUCUGAUGCGAUCAAUGAAUUCAGAAGUACUUCAAUCAUGCCGAUAUUUGUUGAUGCCCUUGGAUUAGUAGGAACAAAAACGGCGUAUAUUGUUGGCAAAAAAGCAUUUACUUCAGUUGAAUCGGAAUUUCUAGAUCGCUUCCUUCAAGCACUCUCUCAAACAACCAGAAUCGAUUUCGAGAUUAUCAGUGAUUUAAAGAUAUGGAUGAAAAAUACAAAUGAUGAACACGUCAAGAAACAAAUUGGUUUCACGGUUGCUAAUCUUUAUCGUCGUUACUGUGAAUCAUCGAAAAGUCUUAAAAAUGCUUGUGACAAUGGAAAAAACAAUGACGUGAAUGAAUUCACCGAUUAUGUCAGUGCACAGUGUAAUGAUAAGAUUGAUAACAGCCAUUGUCAUAUAAAUGCUUUGCAAAUCUUUAGAAACUUGCCAUUACCAACAUUGUUACCAUAUGCAAGCCAGUUUUUAUGUGGCGCAAAAAAUACAAAAUUAUUGCAAAAGGAAGCAUUACGAUUCCUUCAAGCUUUGGAUGGAAAACACUUACACUGGAAGACAAUUCAUAAACUGUUGCGUAUUUUCCGCAAUACGUGUUCAUUCAGUCAAACUGUAACAGAUCAAACACUUGCAAUAGAAAUACUUUUAAAUGCUUUGCCACAUACGGAAAUGAUUGGAACUUAUUUGCUUAGAAUGGAAGAAUUGUUUCCCACUGAGCAAGAAAAAUGGACUUAUUUUUAUUCAAAUGUUGCUCGACGACGACAGAUGUCAUCGACAUUCAAUGCAUAUUGGACAAAAAUGCGCUCAUUUCGAGUUUUUCGACCAAAUUAUGCUCAUCGAAGUUUGAAUGGUACUUCGGACGUGUCAGUCAUAAAUAUUGAAGGUAAACGAUGUAUGAUUAUUAAGAAAAAGUACUUCCCCUAUAUUAAAUACCUUCCCUAACU